AUUUGCGCACUCAUACACACCGUAUGUGUAUUAUUAAACUCCCUCUGAAUAUCAUUGAUGACUACACUCCAGUCCGGUAGGUAGCGGUAAAUGCACCUUAAGCUGGUUGCCAUCCGCCAAUAAAACACAAAAGAAGGAGAAGUCCAUCAGUCUUUACUGACUGACAACCGUACAUUGAAGGAGAAAUGGCUGCAAGGUUACUGCUCCGCUCCGGGCUGAGAGCCGUGACAACCUGCCAGGCUGUCCGGGCUCCGGCUCUGAGCCGCAGCAUGGCGGCUGGAGGCAUUCCCACUGAUGAGGAGCAGGCCACUGGGCUGGAGAAGGUCAUCAUGAACGCCAUGAAGGAGGGAAAGGAUCCUUUCAACAUGAUGAAGCCUAAGAGCUACGCUGGCUCCAAGAAUGACCCCCACCUGGUUCCCUCCAUCACUAACAAGAGGGUUGUGGGCUGCAUCUGUGAGGAAGACAACACCUCCAUCGUCUGGUUCUGGCUUCAUGAGGGCGAGUCCCAGCGCUGCCCCUCCUGUGGUGCCCACUACAAACUGGUGCCCCAUAACCUCUCCCACUAACUUAAAACUAAGUCUUUUAGUAAAUGUAUUUACCAAUUUGGCUUCUCUUUGAAAUAUUCAUGUUAUCU